CGCAGUUUCAGACGCGUUUUCGUCGUCGACACAUGGUGAAAUGGCAAAAUGGGUCUCCCUUCAAACCUUAACAUUCUUUAUAAUUCAUUAUAGUUUUUAUCAAGAUCAGUAUGAGGUUGAAGCAAGUACAAAUAGUGGUUUAUUUAGCAGUAUCGAAAAAUACGCAGCUGAGUACAAUGUAGCUCAACCGGCUGAUAGUGAAAAAAAUUUCCACCACUCCCCACAUAUUAACUCAAAUACAAAGAAACGGAUAGUGAGAUCUAAAAAGAAGUUGCUCAAGAAGAAAUUAGAAAAACCGAGAAUAGAAGAGAGCAAAGAAAAUAUCAGCCAAGAAUCGGGUGCGGAGACACACAGGAGAAUUGAAAAGAAAUACGAGUAUAAGAGAACGAGAAGCAGACAUAAAUCAUUGAAAACUCCAUUAAAAAAUAACUUCUCGGUAUCACGGGAUAUAGCCGGAAGGAAACCUAUGGACAUAAUUGUACACAUUAAAAUGAAUGAAUAAUACAUUAAUGUAGAUAUUUUUUAAUUUUAUUAAUUAAUUAGAUUCUGGUGAUAUUGCUAAG